CCCCCCUACGAGCCUCCGGAUUGGGGGGAGGCGCGCAUGCGCGUACUGCAUUUGAAGGAGACUUCUGUGGCUCUUCGGAUCAGGAAAGAAACUGGAACGAAUUCUGGGGCUGAUCUCUUCCAGCAAAUCUGUCUCACUUCCUCCUGGAUUCUUCAUUUCCUCUGGAAAAUUCUUGAGCCUGCUUCAAGAAUGUCCGGGGUGGUGGUGGUGGGCGUCGGCAGGGCUGGCUCUGUGCGGAUCAGAGAUUUGCAGAACUCACAGCCUGGAACUCCUUCGGGACACCUGAAGCUGCUGGGCUUUGUUUCCAGGAGAGAGCUCGGAAGUGUUAAUGGAGUCAAGCAGAUUGCUCUGAAAGAGGCUCUUGAGAACGAAAAGGUGGAUAUUGCCUUCAUCUGCAGCGAGAACAGCAGCCAUGAAGAAUACAUCAGGCAAUUUCUGGAGGCUGGGAAGCAUGUUCUUGUGGAAUACCCUAUGGCACUGUCUCUGGCUGCAGCCCAGGACCUUUGGAAGUUAGCUGAACAAAAAGGUAAAAUCUUACACGAGGAGCACAUUGAACUUUUGACAGAGGAGUACAUAUUCCUGAAAAAAGAAGUGUCUGGGAAAGAACUGGUGAAGGGAACUCUUCACUUCACAGGAGGCCCCUUGGAAGAAGAGCAAUUUGGCUUCCCUGCCUUCAGUGGUAUCUCCCGCCUCUCCUGGCUGGUCAACCUCUUUGGGGAGCUCUCUCUUGUCUCAGCCACCAUGGAGGAGCAGAAGGAAAAGAAAUAUUUGAAAAUGACGGCCGACUUGAAGACUGCAGACCAGAGGCCACUGACUUGGAUCGAAGAGAAAGGGCCCGACCUGAAGCGUGAGAAACGCAUCAAAUUCAGUUUCACAUCUGGUUGCCUGGAGAAUCUGCCAGCUGCCCCAGGAGGCAACGUGGGCAUUUUCAUGAAAGAUCAAAACCUAUUUGCCCAGAAAGUUUUGGGCCAGGUGUCCGAAGAUGAUCUGGCUGCGGAGAAGAGGCGCAUUCUGCACUGCCUGGAGAUUGCAGCUGAAAUCCAAAAGCAAUGCUCACAGCCCAAGAAAUAGGAGUACAAGGCUGGGGAAACGGGGGAAGGGGAGAUGUCAUGAAUCAAGGAUUGCUGUUCUCUGCUGCCACAGAAUGACUUUCUGGAAUAUGGCCUCUUUAAUCAUUAUCAUUAAAAUGUCUCCUUGGGAACGCCA